AAAAGGAAAAAAAUCCCUUCUCUCUUCCCCAUCCCUCUACAGUACAGAGAACUGGAAGCUUUCAUACUCAGAGCGUUCUCAAUCUCUCUCUGUGAGCUCCAUUUGGUUUCUGGUGAAGAAAGAUAAGAGCUUUGGAACCUAUUUCCAGCUCCAACGGUCACUUGUUUUUCUUGUUCUUGAGGAUGGUUCCUCUGUUUCUACUGAUAUUUGUUCUCUGCAACACUCAAUUAGCAAAUGUGGUUUCUUUGAAUGAUGAAGGAAAUGCACUUUUAGACUUCAAGCGGUCCAUUUGGGAAGACCCAGAAGGGUCUCUGCAUAACUGGAACAAUUCUGAUGAAAACCCUUGUUCUUGGAAUGGAAUCACAUGCAACAGGCAAAAAGUCGUCUCUCUUACCAUACCAAACAAGAAACUCUCUGGUUUCCUUUCUCCCUCUCUUGGUUCUCUCUCUGAACUCAGACAUUUAAACCUAAGGAGCAACAAAAUCUCAGGUACCAUACCUUCUGACCUCUACAAAGCCUUGGGUCUAAAAAGCUUGGUGCUUUAUGGAAAUUUCUUAUCCGGUUCAAUCCCUUCUGAACUUGGUAAGCUCACUUAUCUCCAAACUUUAGAUUUGUCAGAAAAUCUCUUAAAUGGGUCACUUCCUGAAUCAUUGAUUCGAUGCAAGAAAUUGAAGACCCUCGAUCUUGGUCGGAACAACUUCACCGGCCCUCUCCCGGAUGGAUUUGGUGCUAAUCUGUCUUUGCUUGAAAACCUUAACCUUUCGUUCAAUAGAUUUAACAGUCCAAUUCCUGAUGACUUAGGAAACUUGUCUAAUCUUCAAGGAACUGUUGAUCUAUCACAUAAUGAGUUUACUGGUUCAAUUCCAGCUAGCCUUGGUAAUCUUCCUGAAAAAGUGUACAUUGAUCUAACAUACAACAAUCUAAGCGGUCCGAUACCUCAAACUGGGGCUCUUAUAAACCGGGGACCAACAGCUUUUAUUGGGAACCCAUUUCUAUGUGGAGCUCCAUUGAAGAACCCUUGUGGGAAUUCCUCAUCUUAUCCUUACUUGCCUGGUUCUUCUCAGGAUAACAAUGAUGGAAGCAAUACUAAGAUUGCAAAAGGGUUAAGUAAAAGUGCCAUUAUUGCGAUUAUAUUGGGAGAUAUUAUCGGUGUAUGCAUCAUCGGUUUGCUGUUCUCUUAUUGCUAUUCGAGAUUACGUCAGGGAAGAAGGAAAGGGAAAGGAAAAGGGAAGAAGGAGUGUAUGACGUGUUUUCGUAAGGAGGAAUCAGAAACAUUAUCGGAGAAUAUGGAGCAGCAUGAUCUUGUUCCUUUGGAUAUGCAUUUGUCGUUUAAUCUGGAUGAACUGUUGAAGGCUUCGGCUUUUGUGCUGGGGAAGAGUGGGAUUGGGAUAGUUUAUAAGGUUGUUCUUGAAGAUGGAUUUAUACUGGCUGUGAGGAGAUUGGGAGAAGGUGGUUCACAAUGGUUUAAGGAAUUUCAGACUGAAGUUGAAGCAAUUGGGAAGAUUAAGCAUCCUAAUAUUGUGGCUCUUAGAGCGUAUUAUUGGUCUGUUGAUGAGAAGCUUCUUAUUUAUGAUUUUGUCCCAAAUGGCAACUUGGCCAAUGCAAUUCAUGGUAAGGCUGGAAAUGCAUCAUUUACUCCACUCCCAUGGUUGAUAAGGAAGAAAAUUAUGCAAGGAACAGCAAAAGGUUUGGUUUAUCUGCAUGAGUUUAGCCCCAAAAAGUACGUCCAUGGAGACAUUAAACCGAGCAAUAUAUUGCUCGAUUCAAACAUGGACCCUAGAAUAUCCGACUUUGGACUAGGGCGGUUGGCCAACAUAACAGGAGUAAUAACCCCGACUUUGGCCACAACAAACGAUGGCCCAACCUUGCGCCCAAAUAAUAUCACGAGUUCUUGUUAUCGAUCCCCAGAAGCUAUGAAAACGCUUAAACCUUCUCAAAAGUGGGACGUGUAUUCGUAUGGUGUGAUCUUGUUGGAAAUGAUAAGCGGAAAGUCAGGGAUCAUUCAAGUUGGGAAGAAAGAGAUGAAUCUGGUUAACUGGUUUGAGCUUUGCAUUGAAGAGAAGAGACCUAUUUCGGACGUUCUUGAUCCGUAUCUGGCUCAUGAUGAUGACAAGGAAGAGGAGAUUGUUGAGGUUUUGAAAAUCGCAAUGGCGUGUAUACAGAGCAGCCCGGAGAGGAGACCUUCCAUGAGGAACGUUAGUGAAGCUUUGGAAAGACUUUCCAUUUCCAAAGAUUGACUAUAAGUGAUUUAGAAUUUGUUUAUUCUCAUUUGUGUAAGGAAAAACAAAAUGUUUUAGGUAGAAUCAUGUGUAAUCAAUAUUAUUCUUAACUAAAAGUUUAUGACAUUACCAUAAGUUUGUUUUUCUAUGUUGUUUUAUGUUUGAGCAAA